UAAAACAUCUUUUUCUGUAAAUCUGUUCUAUUCAGAACUCAAGUGGCAUGUGCCGUAGUUUUAUCUCCAUCUUGUUAAAUUCUGUAAGAAAAUCUCAUAUCAAGCACAUUUUGCCAUCAAAUUACAAAUCAGUUAAUCCAAAAAAAGGUAUCAUCGGAUCAGUCGUAUGCUGUACUGAUGCUAAGUCAAGCAGAAAUGUCUGAGCUUUUCACAUGUUGAUGUUGGAAGUGCUGUUUUAGCUGCAGAUGCGUCCUUUGCUACAAAAGAUCGACUGUUCCCUGCAGGAAUGCUACGCUGUUGUGUUUUAGGCAACAAAAUGUUCAAAUCUAAUGAGAAAAAAUCUGCAGAACAUGCCAAUUUUUAAAAAUCCGAUUAAUCGAUUAACCGUCUGAAUAAUUGAUAGAUUAAUCGAUAACUGCUGUUCCCUCUCCCGUUUUAGUCAAACAAACCUGGCACUUGAGAGAAUCCCUACAUUAUAAUCACACGUAUGUUCACACACAUCCUUGUCUGUACGGGUGUGUGUGUGUGUGUGUGUGUGCGUGUUUGUGAUUCCUUUCAGGGUUUAAACACAGAACUCUCCACUGUUUACGUUUAUCUGUCAGACUGACCUGAGCGAAGGUAGAUCAGGUCUAGCCUCCUCCUAGUUGAUACGCUGAGCACACACACCCUCACUGCUCAAACACACGCCAACACACCUUCGGAGACCUUUGUCCCCAAGAGAGCGCUGUGACCUUUGUCUCAUGCGGCGGUGAGAGUCGCAGAGAGCAGAGGUUCGGUUACUGAGCGCCACAGAUUUAGUUUUCUUUCAGUUUGCCUGGUUGAGAAUCACAGAUAAAUCCUCUGUAAUCUGUGUUAGAAUACAGAGGAUUGUAUGAGAAUAAACCCGUUUGUUUCCUGUCGAUUUAUUUAGACCAAACGGAGACGAAAUAGGACAAUGUUUCCAAUGUGUUUCUUUAAAAAAAAAGUGGAAGAUUUUUGUACAUGUUUUCUGUGAUUGUACAUCAUCUCUAUAAUGAAGCUGGACCCCUGAUCAGCAAAUGCUUCAUUUUUUCCCCCCUUUCUUUUCAUAUAAAACAUGAUUGACUGGGAAAUAAUCUGGCUUUCAUGUCUUAUCUUAAAUCCAUGCAACUUUGUAACAUCUAAUAAAAAUACCAAAGGACCAGUAAAGUCACAAACAGCUGCUUCAUCUAUUUAAAAAAUAAAUAAAUAAAUAAAUAAGUGGUUUCACCUGAGUGAAGAGCUGUAGAUAUGAGUUUUGUAGAGUUUCAAAAGUGUCUUUUGCUCUUUUAAAAGGUGAAAAAUGACGCUGAGUUUACGGUACUCUAACAAUACAUUAAUUACGAUUGCAACACAAAGUUUGUGUGUUGCAGUUGGUUUUGCUUUUCUGACGGGAAAUGACCAGAAAAAAAAAAACAUUAAAAGACCUUUGAGCAGUUUAAAGAAGAAUGAUGUGGUUAUAAGACAAUAAGGACUGUGUAUUAAAUAUAUAUCAUAGACAUAACAACAACCCUACACACAUCUCCGUAUGGUCAAUUUAUAAAAUCCCACUUUGCGAAAAAAUAAAAUAAAAAGAUUUUGAAUUAUAGUCUCUAGAUGUGCACAGUUGUUCACAUAUAGUGGUUAAUAAUUGAAUUGAAUAAUGGUUUAUUCAAAUGAUUCUUUUGAUUUUACCAACAUGUUUUUUUGUUUUUUAUUCUGAUUGGAAGCAAUGCUGACAUUUUGGAGUCCCGAUUUGAACCUGAGGGCUCGCGAGAUUAGGGUGAUGGUAAGGAGACCUUCCAGCUUUAAACAUUUACCUCCACAGAUAAAUUGAACAAAAUACCAGUGGAAUCACACCAAAACAUGUUUCCCAUUUGAAUUUAAAUGUUAUCGUCCUGCUCUGUGAGUAACUUUGGGGCCUAAUUGUAUAUUAGGUAGUAAGACUUUCUCAAAUAUAGCAUGUAGCAUCUAUUUACUGACUUCAAAGCACCAUGCUAACGCAGCUAGCACAGCAAUGAUUGACAGGGGUGAACUGGCUAGUAACAUAUAUCUUCAAAGUGUGACAACCAUCUAUGUGCUACAACUAAGAACACUUUCCUGGUUCAGGAAACUCGUGUUUCAGAACAAAUACUUUGGCAAAGUCUGCAUUAGAAUACAUUUAAAAAAAAAAAAAGCCACAUUCUUCUGUCAGGAAAAAAAAAUGCAGGACCAAACUACAAAUAAUAGCGUCCUUUUCCGUCUUAUGUUUGUGAAGGUGUCAGACACUCUUCGUCAGGUACCUUUAGGCUCCUCUGGGAACUCCCACCUCCUAAAGCAGGAAGUCCUAUAAUAUAAAAUUGCUCUCUGAUGUGUUCACGGACCGCCAGGUAUUUGAAAUUUGAUUUAAGCCUCAGAGCAAGUGGUUGCGGACAAUACAAAAAGAGGAACAUUCAGGAUUUUUGUGGGACGAAAAGCUGAAAGCACAACAUAUAAACUCCGCUAACAAUAUUAGCAGAUCUAUUUUUGUUGAACUUCUGAUUCUGUCAUUAGCAAGGUCUAUAAGUUAAUGGGUUUUUUUAUGUCUGAAAAAUCAACUUACUUGAUUUUUUUUGCAAAUAAAUUAGACCUGCCAGCCCUUAUUCUUACAGAACUCAUCAAUAUAGCUACACAUCAACCUUUUUUAAAAAAUAUAUAUCUGCUCUGCUUCGAAUAUUAAUAGGCUAUGUAAAAAUUGCUGAUUAAUUUCAGUUUUAAGCAAUUAGGUCGACUGAAUAGCGUUUACUUAUCUGACAUAAUGUCAACAAGUUAUUUUAUAUCAAUCAGUCAAAUUUACAGAACGUCGAUCAUGCAUUUGAAUGUAACACAAAGUGCAGUGCAAAAGUUAAAAAGGGACCAGGCAUGCAGACAGCGAUCGAUACUGGCACCACAUAAAAACUAAAGCUAAGUCCAACUAGACUAAAACGUCAAGUGACAUUCAGAAGCGGGAGCGCGCUCCCAGCUGAGUUUUGACAUUUCCGACAGCCGUGAACGCAGCAGAGCCUGUGUUUGAUGAGAAGGUGCCGCAGCUUCAGACGGACUUCACUUCGUCCUCGGGCGCAGGGAGCGCAGCGAUCCGCGCGUGGCCGCAAACUCGACGGCACGGGAUUAAGUUUUUGCCCCGAGGGACUCUUCUUCUUCUGCUGCUGCUGCUCAUUCUGCUCUGGCUGUUUUCACUCAGGAGAAUCAGAAAGUUCACUUUUCAGAAGUUGUUCAAGUCGCGGGGCGGAUUAAAUCCAUCGAGGGAAACGCAUCAAGUGGAUUUUACUCACCUGGUUCCUCGUGGCACAGAAAGAGGAGACUUCUGGAUAUUUAUAUUGCUCACAUUUACCAGCUGUUCAAUCCGCCUUACCACCCUUUUCUUUAUUUCUUAUUUAGUUUUUUUUGUUUGUUUUUUUUUUUUUAACUCUACAGCACUGAUGAUGCGACUCUUUCCGGCAUACAGUGCAUGUUUGGAGGACGUGCAGAGGGUUGAAAUGCUACAGGGUCGUUAAAUUUAUUGGAACGUGACUGCCGGAUAUGAACUUUCUCCGUAAUGAUUGCAGGAGCGCUGGUGAAUGAUUGACAGCGUGCUGGCACGACUGGUUUCCCCAUCAGAUAUCCAUUUUACCCUUCAACAGGCUGAUUUGUGUCUUUUCUCUCAGAACAGAACUUUCUUCUGUUGACUCGUCUAAAACAUAAAGUUUCAGCCAUAAACUUGGGUAAAAUGAGCCCUUCUUUAUUUCAGUUGGUGUAAAGACUCUGCCAUAACCGGAUAACAGACUUACUUCAUCCAUGGCAUCAGCAGUGAGACUCAUGCCGUACAGCCUGAUGCUGUACCUGCUUUUCGUUUUCUGGUCUCUCGGUUUCACAUCAGGAGCCUCCAAGGUCUUGGUUUGUGAGCCCAUUACAGUGCCCAUGUGUAAGGGCAUUGGUUACAACUUGACAUACAUGCCCAAUCAAUUCAAUCAUGACACCCAGGAGGAAGUGGGGCUGGAGGUGCACCAGUUCUGGCCCCUGGUCCGCAUCCGCUGCUCCCCAGACCUGCUGUUCUUCCUCUGCAGCAUGUACACUCCAAUCUGCUUGCCGGACUACAGGAAGCCGCUGCCCCCGUGCCGCUCCGUGUGCGAGCGGGCCAAGCGAGGCUGCUCCCCCCUCAUGAGCCAAUAUGGCUUCGAGUGGCCUGAGAGGAUGAGCUGUGAGCAGCUGCCCCAGCUCGGCGACGAGACCCUGUGCAUGGACCAGAACAGCAGUGAGACCACCACUCUGGCCCCUUCGUUCCCGAAGUCCACCCCCAAAGUCAGAACCAGACCUCCCAGCCCACCGCAGUGUGACAGGGAGUGCCGUUGCAGAGACCCCCUGGUCCCCAUCAAGCGGGAGUCCCACGCUCUCUACGGCAGAGUCCAGACCGGCCCUUUGCCCAACUGCGCCCAGCCCUGCCACCUGCCCUACUUCUCGGCGGACGAACGCGCCUUCACCAGCUUCUGGGUCGGGCUCUGGUCCGUGCUGUGCUUCAUCUCCACGCUGACCACCAUGGCCACUUUCCUCAUUGACAUGGAGCGGUUCAAGUACCCAGAGAGGCCCAUCAUCUUCCUGGCUGCCUGCUACCUCUUCGUCUCCUUGGGCUUCAUCAUACGUCUGGUUGCGGGUCAUGAGCGAGUGGCUUGUGGCUACAGCGGCCUCGGCGGAAGCCAGCUGCACAUCCUGUAUGACGCUUCCGGCCCCGCUCUCUGCACCCUAGUCUUCCUGCUGGUGUACUUCUUCGGGAUGGCCAGCUCCAUCUGGUGGGUGGUGUUGUCCUUCACGUGGUUUCUCGCGGCGGGAAUGAAGUGGGGUAGCGAGGCCAUUGCUGGAUACUCACAGUACUUCCACCUGGCUGCAUGGCUCAUCCCGAGUGUCAAGUCCAUCGUGGUCCUCGCUCUCAGUUCCGUGGACGGGGAUCCCGUGGCUGGAAUCUGCUACGUCGGGAACCAGAGUCUGGAGAAUCUGAGGGGGUUUGUGCUGGCCCCUCUUGUGGUCUACCUCUUCACAGGCUCGCUGUUCUUACUGGCUGGGUUUGUCUCUUUGUUCCGCAUCAGGAGCAUCAUCAAACAAGGUGGCACCAAGACGGACAAACUGGAGCGGCUGAUGAUCCGAAUUGGGCUUUUCACAGUGCUGUACACAGUCCCCGCCACCAUCGUGGUGGCAUGCCUGGUCUACGAGCAGCACUACCGACCCAGCUGGGAGCGAGCCCUGGCCUGCUCCUGCCUGUCGGAGCGCCAGCGCUCGGGCUCGGGCCCGGACUACGCCAUCUUCAUGCUCAAGUACUUCAUGUGCUUGGUGGUGGGCAUCACAUCCGGAGUUUGGAUUUGGUCGGGAAAAACUCUGGAGUCGUGGAGGAGAUUCGUGGCCAGAUGCUGCCCCUGCUGGCCACAGAAGGUCACUGCACCGCCUUCCAUGUACAGCGAAGCUAGCACAGCCUUAACGGGACACACUCGAACUGGGUUGUCGUCGGGGAUCUAUCAGAAAGCCCCUCCGUCCCAUAUAUGAACUGUGUGGCAACACGAAACAUUUUAGAGAACCUGUGAUUGUGGACAAGAAACCAGAACUAUAAGUUUGUGUCAUUUUACCCUAAAUAUAAACUAUAAACAGUAAAUACUGAACGAAAAGAUUCAGAGCGUAAAUAAUGUAAAAA